GGACAUUGUCGACUCUAUUCUCUGUAGCGUUGUUGGUUUCGUUCGGAGGGAGACAUGAGAUCGGGGAGCGGCGGGGUGAGCGGCGCCUGACCCCGGGAAGAACCGCCAAACAGUCUUAAUCCACUUUUUUGGAGAGCAAAUUGAUUACACUGAGGCCUCGGUCUUUCCAUCACCAUGAAUGAAGUAAUGGUGGUAAAGGAAGGCUGGCUGCAAAAAAGAGGUGAAUAUAUAAAGACCUGGAGGCCCAGGUACUUCCUAUUGAAGAGUGAUGGCUCCUUCAUCGGGUAUAAGGAAAAGCCAGAUUCCUCAGAGCACAGUGUAUCUCUGCCCCCUCUUAACAACUUCACUGUGGGAGAAUGUCAGCUUAUGAAGACGGAGCGCCCCAGACCCAAUACCUUUGUGAUACGAUGCUUACAGUGGACAACGGUUAUUGAGCGCACAUUUCAUGUUGACACACCUGAAGAAAGGGAGGAAUGGAUGAGAGCAAUUCAAACCGUUGCCAACAGCUUAAAGAACAGAGACUCUGAACUAGAGGAUGAGGAGGCCAUGGACUUCAAGAGUAGCUCUCCGAGUGAUGCAACCAGCACAGAAGAGAUGGAUUUGGCAAUAUCAAAGGGGCGAUCUAAAGCAACCAUGAAUGAUUUUGACUAUCUCAAGCUGUUGGGAAAAGGAACAUUUGGAAAAGUGAUCCUGGUACGGGAGAAGGCAACGGGUCGGUAUUACGCUAUGAAAAUCUUGCGCAAAGAUGUAAUCAUCGCCAAGGAUGAAGUGGCUCAUACAGUUACAGAGAGCAGAGUCUUGCAGAAUACAAGGCAUCCAUUUUUAACGGCUUUGAAGUAUGCCUUUCAGACAAGUGACAGGCUCUGCUUUGUUAUGGAGUAUGCCAAUGGUGGAGAGCUGUUCUUUCACUUGUCUCGUGAACGAGUUUUCACAGAAGAGAGGGCACGAUUUUAUGGUGCAGAGAUUGUGUCUGCCCUGGAAUAUCUCCACUCCAGAAACGUGGUGUACAGAGAUAUUAAGCUGGAGAAUCUUAUGCUGGAUAAAGAUGGUCAUGUAAAAAUUACAGAUUUUGGACUCUGUAAGGAAGGCAUCACAGACGGUGCUACAAUGAGAACGUUUUGUGGAACUCCAGAGUACCUGGCCCCAGAGGUGCUGGAAGACAAUGACUAUGGUCGGGCUGUCGAUUGGUGGGGGCUGGGAGUUGUGAUGUAUGAGAUGAUGUGUGGCCGAUUACCCUUCUACAAUCAGGACCACGAGAGGCUGUUUGAACUCAUUCUCAUGGAAGAAAUCCGCUUCCCACGAACACUCAGUCCUGAAGCUAAGUCCCUGUUGAGUGGCCUACUUAAAAAGGAUCCAAAACAAAGGCUUGGAGGUGGAGCCAAUGACGCCCAAGAGGUGAAAGAUCAUCGAUUCUUUUCUUGUAUCAACUGGCAAGAUGUCGACGACAGAAAGCUGACCCCUCCCUUCAAGCCACAAGUCACCUCUGAAAUUGACACCAGAUACUUUGAUGAUGAAUUUACAGCUCAGUCCAUUACAAUAACACCUCCUGACAGAUACGACAACCUGGAUGCCUUAGAACCUGACCAGCGCACCCACUUUCCUCAGUUCUCAUACUCAGCCAGCAUUCGGGAGUAAGCCUACAAUAUAAAGGGACACAACCGGCAGAGAGACUUUCUACUGAAAGAUGUGCAGAAUAUCCUUGUCCCUUUUCUGAAGUGGGGCAGGAAAUCUAUAUUCGUUCUACCGUCCCUGAAACUUAAUUAAAAGACUACGUAAUUGAGCAGAAUUUACUUAGAGACAAUUUGCUAUAUAAUGCGGUCUUUCAUCCUGGAUCGAAAUUUAUGUUCAUAUCUUUUUUUUUUUAAAUGCCUUGUACUGCUGGGGCAGCAACAGGAUUCUAAGCCAUAACGCUGGAAAGUAACGGGCAAAGCAUCCUAAAAAAAAAAAAAAAUGCGGUUUUAUAGCGGGCCACCACCUCUUCAUUACCUCUCAUCCUGAGCAUCAUUCUGUCCUUAUAACGGUACCAUGAUCUUCAAGGCAGGUGGAAAACCAAGCAUGAAACGCAAGUCUCCAUUUGUGCAUGGAAAGUUAGAAUUGGCAGUUCAGUUUAUUGGUGCUUUUUCCACUUGGUCGGUACAAGCAGAAAACAGUUAUGCUAAUUUUCUACCCCCACCCACAAUCACCUUGUUCCCGGUGUCCACUUAGCCCUUAUUCCUGCAUAUGAAUUGACGGAUAGGCUGUGCUGCGUUUAAAUCUUGCCGUUACCGGCCUCCGUAGCGGAACGUUGACGCUUUUUGUUCCCGCAGGGGGACGCCAUGUAUCUCCUGCUUCCCAAAAGGGCAUGUAAAGUGGCUUAACUUCAAUAACUGAAUGUAUUCACAGAAAUUUCUUUUUCGAAAAUGGAUUUCCGGGUUAAAAGCAAUAAUUGUUGCAAUUUUUAAUUUCAUCUUAAUGUAUUUUGAAGCCCUGUAGGCAAGUUUUUUUUUUUCUUCUUAAGAACUGGUAUGAUUAGCACUAAAAGUUUGGUGAAAAAAUCUCAUUGGUUAAGAACUCUGCCAAAUGUAAAUGUCCCGCCUUCCCAGCUUUUGUGGAAUGUACCAAUUUUCUGGGAAACCUUGGAUGUUUUGGUGGAAAAAUUUGGUUAUAUAAUUGCUUUAUGACUUAAAUGAAUGCCCGGUUAUAGGCUUGGUCAUUUUAGAACCGAUGCCUCCACGUAAUGAAAGGUAGAUGAAAAGCAACAGGAGUUUGUGGAGCAAUAUUAGAAUUUCUUAUUUUACAGAAUAUCUGAACGUUGCAUCUUUUUUUUUUUUUUCUUCUUCUUCUUCUGCGAUUUGCAGAACUCAGGUUUAAAGGGGCAGUCCCACACUCUGGUUCAGAAAAUCCAUACCUCCAUCUUAAAAUAUCUGCUGGUUUAAGAAUGCCUGUUUUCAUAUUUUUUAUCUGCAGACCCACUUAUACUUGGUUAUACAGCGUACAGUAAAACCUAUCCCCCCCCACCCAACCUACAUUCACUCAGACUGCAAACAAGUGGCUAUUCAUCAUCACAAGGAAACUGUUUAUUGGGACUGGUUCUUUAAACAUAAUGCUGUAUGAGAUGAAUGUUUAUCUCAGAAAUUAACUUUUGUAGACAUUUGAGAUAAAAACACAUUUUCUCA